AUGUAUUUCUUUUUUGUUUCAGGGCGUCCUGCUCCAGAAUUCAGUAAACAUAGAUUAGUGCAACCGGUGGUGCAUCAUGGGCGGACGAAACGAGAAAUUUCCUCCACGAGAGAUUCGACAGGCGCACAUCAUCCAGAGGUGACGGUGAAGGUUGACAUAGAAGGCGAAGAGCACGUGCUGGAUUUAAGACUGAAAGAGGACCUAGUGUCCGACAACCACAUUCUCAGCUACCAGAAGAAUGGGGAGACUGUGUUACACAAACCCAAAAAAGAGGAAUUAGACUUAUGUCAGUAUUCUGGCAAGAUCCGGGGCCGACCGGACUCGUGGGUGGCCAUCUCAACAUGUCACGGGUUCCAAGGUGUCGUGUACAACGGCAAGAAAAUGUGGUAUAUAGAGCCUGCUAAAGACGGUGAGAUCACCUCUCAGCACUACAUCUAUGACCACUCGGACCUCACGACCCACCACCGCUGCGGCUACGACGGCGGCGUCACGAACAACACCCACUUCGACCCGCAACUCAUGGACAAACAUAUCAGGAAACGGAACGUUGAGCGCAGCAGAAUUAAUAGGUACAAACGCGAGGCGUACGAAGACACGGAGGUGCGUGGCCCGUUCAACGCCAACAAGCUGUCGCGCUACGUGGAACUGGUACUGGUGGCCGACAACCGCGAGUAUAAAGCGAAUGGCGAAAACAUACGGACAGUGCAUCGACAGCUGAAGGCCGUAGCUAAUAUUAUCAAUUCCGUUUACUCACCGUUGAACAUCUUCAUAGCGUUAGUAGGCGUAGUGGUGUGGAACGAGCGAGACGAAAUACAAUUAGAGGAGAACGGCGAUAGGACCCUAACGAAUUUUCUUGUGUACAGGAGAAUGAGACUUUUAUCUGAAAUACCCAACGAUAACGCACAUUUAUUGACUCGCCAAAAAUUCCAAGAGGGUGUCGUUGGUAAAGCUCUGAAAGGGCCGAUUUGCACUUUUGAAUUCUCUGGAGGUGUCGCGACCAACCAUUCAGAGGUCAUAGGGCUCGUGGCUACAACGAUAGCGCAUGAAAUGGGCCAUAAUUUCGGCAUGGAGCACGACACUGAGGAGGAUUGCGAGUGUCCCGACGAAAAGUGCAUCAUGAGCCCGUCCAGCACGUCCGUGAUGCCCAUACAUUGGUCAUCUUGCAGCUUGAGGUCCUUGGCGCUGUCGUUUGAGAGGGGCAUGGAUUACUGUCUCAGGAACAAACCGAAACGGCUGUUCGAGUCUCCGACUUGCGGGAACGGGUUCGUGGAGCCGGGGGAGCAGUGCGACUGCGGGCUGGGCGAGGAGAAGGCGCGCGCGGCGUGCCUGGCGUGCUGCGAGCCCGCCGCCUGCAUGCUGCGCAGCAACGCCAGCUGCGCUGCGGGGCCCUGCUGCGACUUCCAGACAUGUAGACCGAAAUCAGCGGGAACGGUCUGCCGUUCUGCGGAACGCGAGUGUGACCUUCCCGAGUACUGCACGGGACAUUCGGAAUUCUGUCCUAAAGAUGUGUACCGGAUGGACACCACGCCUUGCGGGAACAACGAGGCAUAUUGCGUUCGCGGUGCGUGCCGCUCGCACUCGGACCAGUGCCGGCUGCUGUGGGGCGCCACCGGCGAGAGCUCCGAUACCCGCUGCUACACCUCCACCAAUGUUAAAGGGACCAAGAACGGCAACUGCGGCUACGACCGCGUGCGGCAGAUCUUCCGGCCGUGCGCCGCUGCGGACGCGCGCUGCGGGCUGCUGCAGUGCCGCCACCUCAACGAGCGCCUCGAGUUCGGCAUGGAGUCCGUCGCACAGCUCUCCGCGCUCUUCAUCAACAACAACGGUGACCCGCCACACGCACACACACUCACACACGAGUUCGGCAUGGAGUCCGUCGCACAGCUCUCCGCGCUCUUCAUCAACAACAACGGUGACCCGCCACACGCACACACACUCACACACGAGUUCGGCAUGGAGUCCGUCGCACAGCUCUCCGCGCUCUUCAUCAACAACAACGGUGACCCGCCACACGCACACACACUCACACACGAGUUCGGCAUGGAGUCCGUCGCACAGCUCUCCGCGCUCUUCAUCAACAACAACGGUGACCCGCCACACGCACACACACUCACACACGAGUUCGGCAUGGAGUCCGUCGCACAGCUCUCCGCGCUCUUCAUCAACAACAACGGUGACCCGCCACACGCACACACACUCACACACGAGUUCGGCAUGGAGUCCGUCGCACAGCUCUCCGCGCUCUUCAUCAACAACAACGGUGACCCGCCACACGCACACACACUCACACACGAGUUCGGCAUGGAGUCCGUCGCACAGCUCUCCGCGCUCUUCAUCAACAACAACGGUGACCCGCCACACGCACACACACUCACACACGAGUUCGGCAUGGAGUCCGUCGCACAGCUCUCCGCGCUCUUCAUCAACAACAACGGUGACCCGCCACACGCACACACACUCACACACGAGUUCGGCAUGGAGUCCGUCGCACAGCUCUCCGCGCUCUUCAUCAACAACAACGGUGACCCGCCACACGCACACACACUCAUACACGAGUUCGGCAUGGAGUCCGUCGCACAGCUCUCCGCGCUCUUCAUCAACAACAACGGUGACCCGCCACACGCACACACACUCACACACGAGUUCGGCAUGGAGUCCGUCGCACAGCUCGCCGCGCUCUUCAUCAACAACAACGGUGACCCGCCACACGCACACACACUCACACACGAGUUCGGCAUGGAGUCCGUCGCACAGCUCUCCGCGCUCUUCAUCAACAACAACGGUGACCCGCCACACGCACACACACUCACACACGAGUUCGGCAUGGAGUCCGUCGCACAGCUCUCCGCGCUCUUCAUCAACAACAACGGUGACCCGCCACACGCACACACACUCACACACGAGUUCGGCAUGGAGUCCGUCGCACAGCUCUCCGCGCUCUUCAUCAACAACAACGGUGACCCGCCACACGCACACACACUCACACACGAGUUCGGCAUGGAGUCCGUCGCACAGCUCUCCGCGCUCUUCAUCAACAACAACGGUGACCCGCCACACGCACACACACUCACACACGAGUUCGGCAUGGAGUCCGUCGCACAGCUCUCCGCGCUCUUCAUCAACAACAACGGUGACCCGCCACACGCACACACACUCACACACGAGUUCGGCAUGGAGUCCGUCGCACAGCUCUCCGCGCUCUUCAUCAACAACAACGGUGACCCGCCACACGCACACACACUCACACACGAGUUCGGCAUGGAGUCCGUCGCACAGCUCUCCGCGCUCUUCAUCAAAAACAACGGUGACCCGCCACACGCACACACACUCACACACGAGUUCGGCAUGGAGUCCGUCGCACAGCUCUCCGCGCUCUUCAUCAACAACAACGGUGACCCGCCACACGCACACACACUCACACACGAGUUCGGCAUGGAGUCCGUCGCACAGCUCUCCGCGCUCUUCAUCAACAACAACGGUGACCCGCCACACGCACACACACUCACACACGAGUUCGGCAUGGAGUCCGUCGCACAGCUCUCCGCGCUCUUCAUCAACAACAACGGUGACCCGCCACACGCACACACACUCACACACGAGUUCGGCAUGGAGUCCGUCGCACAGCUCUCCGCGCUCUUCAUCAACAACAACGGUGACCCGCCACACGCACACACACUCACACACGAGUUCGGCAUGGAGUCCGUCGCACAGCUCUCCGCGCUCUUCAUCAACAACAACGGUGACCCGCCACACGCACACACACUCACACACGAGUUCGGCAUGGAGUCCGUCGCACAGCUCUCCGCGCUCUUCAUCAACAACAACGGUGACCCGCCACACGCACACACACUCACACACGAGUUCGGCAUGGAGUCCGUCGCACAGCUCUCCGCGCUCUUCAUCAACAACAACGGUGACCCGCCACACGCACACACACUCACACACGAGUUCGGCAUGGAGUCCGUCGCACAGCUCUCCGCGCUCUUCAUCAAAAACAACGGUGACCCGCCACACGCACACACACUCACACACGAGUUCGGCAUGGAGUCCGUCGCACAGCUCUCCGCGCUCUUCAUCAACAACAACGGUGACCCGCCACACGCACACACACUCACACACGAGUUCGGCAUGGAGUCCGUCGCACAGCUCUCCGCGCUCUUCAUCAACAACAACGGUGACCCGCCACACGCACACACACUCACACACGAGUUCGGCAUGGAGUCCGUCGCACAGCUCUCCGCGCUCUUCAUCAACAACAACGGUGACCCGCCACACGCACACACACUCACACACGAGUUCGGCAUGGAGUCCGUCGCACAGCUCUCCGCGCUCUUCAUCAACAACAACGGUGACCCGCCACACGCACACACACUCACACACGAGUUCGGCAUGGAGUCCGUCGCACAGCUCUCCGCGCUCUUCAUCAACAACAACGGUGACCCGCCACACGCACACACACUCACACACGAGUUCGGCAUGGAGUCCGUCGCACAGCUCUCCGCGCUCUUCAUCAACAACAACGGUGACCCGCCACACGCACACACACUCACACACGAGUUCGGCAUGGAGUCCGUCGCACAGCUCUCCGCGCUCUUCAUCAACAACAACGGUGACCCGCCACACGCACACACACUCACACACGAGUUCGGCAUGGAGUCCGUCGCACAGCUCUCCGCGCUCUUCAUCAACAACAACGGUGACCAGCCACACGCACACACACUCACACACGAGUUCGGCAUGGAGUCCGUCGCACAGCUCUCCGCGCUCUUCAUCAACAACAACGGUGACCCGCCACACGCACACACACUCACACACGAGUUCGGCAUGGAGUCCGUCGCACAGCUCUCCGCGCUCUUCAUCAACAACAACGGUGACCCGCCACACGCACACACACUCACACACGAGUUCGGCAUGGAGUCCGUCGCACAGCUCUCCGCGCUCUUCAUCAACAACAACGGUGACCCGCCACACGCACACACACUCACACACGAGUUCGGCAUGGAGUCCGUCGCACAGCUCUCCGCGCUCUUCAUCAACAACAACGGUGACCCGCCACACGCACACACACUCACACACGAGUUCGGCAUGGAGUCCGUCGCACAGCUCUCCGCGCUCUUCAUCAACAACAACGGUGACCCGCCACACGCACACACACUCACACACGAGUUCGGCAUGGAGUCCGUCGCACAGCUCUCCGCGCUCUUCAUCAACAACAACGGUGACCCGCCACACGCACACACACUCACACACGAGUUCGGCAUGGAGUCCGUCGCACAGCUCUCCGCGCUCUUCAUCAACAACAACGGUGACCCGCCACACGCACACACACUCACACACGAGUUCGGCAUGGAGUCCGUCGCACAGCUCUCCGCGCUCUUCAUCAACAACAACGGUGACCCGCCACACGCACACACACUCACACACGAGUUCGGCAUGGAGUCCGUCGCACAGCUCUCCGCGCUCUUCAUCAACAACAACGGUGACCCGCCACACGCACACACACUCACACACGAGUUCGGCAUGGAGUCCGUCGCACAGCUCUCCGCGCUCUUCAUCAACAACAACGGUGACCCGCCACACGCACACACACUCACACACGAGUUCGGCAUGGAGUCCGUCGCACAGCUCUCCGCGCUCUUCAUCAACAACAACGGUGACCCGCCACACGCACACACACUCACACACGAGUUCGGCAUGGAGUCCGUCGCACAGCUCUCCGCGCUCUUCAUCAACAACAACGGUGACCCGCCACACGCACACACACUCACACACGAGUUCGGCAUGGAGUCCGUCGCACAGCUCUCCGCGCUCUUCAUCAACAACAACGGUGACCCGCCACACGCACACACACUCACACACGAGUUCGGCAUGGAGUCCGUCGCACAGCUCUCCGCGCUCUUCAUCAACAACAACGGUGACCCGCCACACGCACACACACUCACACACGAGUUCGGCAUGGAGUCCGUCGCACAGCUCUCCGCGCUCUUCAUCAACAACAACGGUGACCCGCCACACGCACACACACUCACACACGAGUUCGGCAUGGAGUCCGUCGCACAGCUCUCCGCGCUCUUCAUCAACAUCAUCGUAUGCCAACGUACAAUAAUACCGUGUCGCACGGCCAUAAUAGACCUGGGCUUGAGCGAUGUCGACCCCGGCAUGGUCCCGGACGGCGCAAAGUGCGGAGAGGAUAAGAUGUGUUUAAAUCAAAAGUGCGUUAAUGUGGAGGCGAUAAGAGAAGCCAUAGCGAAGAAAGAGACCGCUGUAUGUCCCUCCAAUUGUUCGGGACACGGCGUUUGUAACUCUGAAGGCCACUGCCAUUGCGACACCGGAUUUGCUCCUCCACUCUGCGCGUUGCCCGGUCCCGGAGGCUCUUACGAUUCUGGACCCGCUUCGGAUUCCAGCGUUCAACGAAACUUCAUGGUGGCGAUGUACGUGAUAUUCCUGGGCAUAUUGCCGUCGAUCCUUUUGAUGCUCUUCCUGAUAUAUUACUCAAGGCUCAACGUGCUGAUGUGGUGGAAGAAACCGAGGAAAACUGUACAAUCACCGAAAAAAGGCAGUUUGCAAAGACGUCUAUCACGCAGCGCCAGCAAAUUCGCGGCCAAUUUCCAAAAUGGCAACCAGAACAACGCCCAACCGGUCAGUGUGCACACACUUUCGAAUCCGGACGACAUGAGCUCGAGUCUCUUGCGAAGUGACUCGGACCGCAGUCCUACGGGCAAUCUAAACCCGUCUGUAAACUUUUUCGGCAAUUUUAAAGGCUUCUCGCUUACGCCUAUCGACAAAAACCAGCAACAGAACGAGAAGGAUACCACGGAAAUCGCACCGAGCACAGGAAAAGAUAAAGUCAAGAACACAACCGAGAGUGUUAAUGCGAAGAGCGCUAAAAUUACACCCGUCCAUAGAAGCAGUAGCAAUAACCAGAACUUAAUCAACCAGAGUAUUCUAAAACCUGUUUUGAGAUCCGCACCUCCGUUACCUGUCGUACCUGCAACAACGAAAACAAGCCCCAAAACCAGUCCGUCCGUUAAAAGAACGAACAGUUCAGUCCAGAACAGAAUAAAGGCCUUGAUGAGUUCCGAGAAAACGGAAGAUGUCCCAUCCGUUGCGGGCAAUCCUGCACCGAGGCCAGUUAUAUCGAGUCCAAUUCUUGAAGCUUCCACAUGUACUGCUAAAGAAUUGAUUUCACCAUUGCAAGGCUCCAAGACCUUAGGGCCGAUUCGUACCGCCCCUACCGUGCCUCCGGUUUCUCCGGAUUUCCGUCAAAGACCUGUUAGCAUGCAUUCUGGUUCAGUACCGCAAAAACCUUUGCCAGAGGAACCAAAAAAAGUUAGGGAAGGGAUUUCGUUAAAUAGAAUCGCAUCUUUUCUCAAACAGGAUAAACCUAAAGAGAAAGAACGUAAUCCGGUCGAAAGAAGCCAUUCGCUACCGAAGAAUCCAAAUCACCAAGUUAAGGUAACGAAGACUGUAGACAAAGUUCCAUUAAGGAAUUUACAAAUUUCAAAGCCCAUAGUGCAAAAACAGAUUGAAUUGCCAAUCGGGACUAUCCCAGUGGUUUCCGAUUCAGAAGACAUGGACGAUACUAAAGCAUUUGUUAAUAGAGCCCAGAGCAUGAGAGCUCCAACGACACAAAAGCCGUCGUUGCAAAGCUUUGGAUCAAUGAGACAACCCGUUGCACCAAGGCCUCUCUCCGUAGUUGGUCGACCCACAGCCCCACCACCACCUUUACCUAAUUCAACUAACAAAGUCGAAAACGAAACAUCACAAUACCAAAACCCGAAAUCCCAAAUCGAUUUGAAGUCAGUCGACUACGUUGACUGUAUAGAAGAGAAACCGGUGCCUUUAGCGCACAUUGACGAAGAAUCUGGAGAUAACAUUUAUGCUAUAAUCGAAGAAAGUCCUGAAAAACACUCUAAACCUCUGCCUGGCGUCCCCGCGCCCAUAAAAACAAUUCCUCAACCUCCACCUGUUGGAUACAAUACUCCUAAGCCUGUUCCUUCCAACUCUGGAAGUACAGAGAGCAUGGGUCUUUUAGGAGAAAUUGUAAACGAAAUUCAGAAUCGCAACUUCGAUUCUAUUUACUCCGCCGCAACGCUCUCUAGGAAAAAAGAGAAAGAGAAGAGAGAAAAAAACGCCGAAAAUAAUAGAGAUAGUACUUACAUGAAUACUGACCAUUAUCGAACACCGGAAAGCGUCUAUAGCAACUCUGGUGCAAAAUCCAGCACAGCCUCCACUACCAGUAGUGGCUACUUACAUCCUUCAGCGGUAAACGUCCCUUCUUACUUGAAAGAACAAGAAAACAACAACGAUACGAAAGAAAUAGAAAAAUCACCCCCAUCUCCCACAUUGAAAGUCAAUUCCAAAAUACCCACAUUCGCGAGGCAGGUAACACCGCCUGGUUUACGGAGUACGACCUCGUUCAAAAAUAUUCCUCAAUCACCAAAAAAUCAAACAAAAAAUUCUAAUCUCGCCCCCAAAACUAUUUCCAAUAGUCCAGACUUAGUAUCUAGUUGUGCGAUGGUUGACACAAAGAACGUCAAAGCGCCUGAUGUUAUUAAUAAUAAUAAAAUACCUAACGAAGCUCCUAAAGUAGCGACGAAACCCAAUGUGACUGUUAAACCAAAUGAUAACAGACCACCGCUCCGACCCGCCCCGACGCUCGAUAAGAAAACGACAAAUAAAACACCAAACACAACAAAGACUUCAAACCCUUCCUCAAAUAUUAAUAAACCCCAAACCGAAAAGACUCCUAUCAUUAAUCGUACGAAUUCAAAAGUAGAUUCUAAUGUCAAAGCAAUAGCUGAUAAUUUAAAUAAAAAUAAGCCCAAACUAGUGCCAAAACCUAGCACGAUAAGCGUUCAGAGAACUGAUUCCAACAUCAAAACGAACGCAACCAAAUUGUCCUCGAAGCCGUCGAAUGUUGCUAGUUUACAACAGAAAUUCGAAAAUAGGAAAUCUUUAGGAAAAGAAGUUGGUAUUCCGAAAAAAUAG